AUGUACAGAGGCCUCCUCAGCUGCUCCUUCAAGUAUCUGGCCAUCCGCUACCCUCUCCGUUCCAGGGAGAUGAGGACCCAUCGUAACGCCCUGACGUCCAUCUGUGUGGUGUGGGGUUUGUCCCUGGUCUUCUCUGGCCCGUACCUGAGCUACUACCGACAGAUGGACCUGCACGGCACCGUGGUUUGCAUCCCCGCCUGGCAGUUCCAGGACAGGCGCCUUAUGGACGUCUGCACCUUCUUCUUCGGCUACCUCAUCCCUGUCCUCAUCCUCAGCCUGACCUACGCCAGAACCAUCCGCUACCUGUGGACCACAGUGGACCCCAUGAAGGACAUGUCUGAGUCCAGGAGAGCAAAGAGGAAAGUCACCAAGAUGAUUAUUAUCGUAGCGGUGCUCUUCUGCCUCUGCUGGCUUCCCCAUCACCUGGUUAUACUGUGUAUGUGGUUUGGUCACUUUCCGCUAAACCACACCACCUAUAUACUCCGUAUUCUCUCUCACCUGGUGGCCUAUGCUAACUCCUGCCUCAACCCUAUAGUGUAUGCCCUGGUGUCCAAACACUUCCGGAAGGGAUUCCGGAAGGUGUUUGACUGUGUGUUGGGUAAGAGGGUGGUGAACCGGGUGCAUGUGUUUCAGGCUGCGCAUGUGGUCAGCACGGUGGAGGUGGGGUCCAGUGAGACGUCCAAUCAGACCCUGGGGUCACAGCGUGGAGAUAGUGUCGGACUGACCACAUCUGGGGCCCUGGGCAAGAAGAAUUUGGAGGCCCCGCUCAUGGCAGUGGAGAGAUUUUCUUUUUAA